AUGAAUGAGUUCUUUGGGACUAAUAUUUCCCAGCAGGACCUACAAGGUCGGCUUGCGGAGCGUCGACAGCGAAAUGCAUCUGAUCGAGCUAUGAGCUUGUCCAUGGCUCCUCCCAUGCCGCCGCAGGGCAAUGAGGAUAAUAUGAAUAUGACGGGCAUGGUUGGCGAUUCGCUGGACGAUAUAAUAUUGCAGAACAACAAGGAGAUACAACGGCGGCAUAGCCUAUCGCGGGGUUAUUCAAACCAGUCGCUUGAUCGCAGAUCUUCAAUGCUUGAGUUUGGUUCGAGUGAUAGCAAUCUCAAUGGCUUUCAAUUCGGUUCACCAGCGCCAGGAUCAGGAGAUCCGCAUCUUCGACGACAAUCAGCCGGCGAGGUAGAGAUGAAUGGGGGGUUUGAAGAUAUGUCUUCAAACAUGACUAUGUCAGCCCAGCAGAUGGGGUAUACUGCCUCCAUGCACCCGCCAGAUCUAAACAUUGAUACGAGUGGAGGCUAUCCAGGAAUGCCUCACGAUAUGGUACAGGGAAUGAUGGGGUAUGGACCUAUGACUACGGAGGGAAUGAUGGACGAGGAUUCUGGUCUGAUAUUUGCGUCCCCAUCAUUCUCACAGACGUUUGGUAAUGGGGGUAUCGAAGCUAUGUCAAACAAUGAUUUCAUGAUGCCGACAGGAUUACAGGAGACCCUGUCGUCACAGAGCCGCGAUGAAAACGACAAUAUGCUACCAUCGAUACCCGGGCUCGGAAUCGCCGAUAGUCCUGGAAUUGCUUCACCAAGAGGGAUGAGCGCUUAUCAUUCCCCACUGACGCCUAAAAUGCCGUCCCUCCCACACCAUGAUUCCUCUUACGAUGAACCAACACCAAAGGCAACCACCCCAGUGCCUCCUGCAAAGUCGGAGUCUGUGGUGAAGUCCGAAAAGAAACCAAAUUAUGCAGGAAUCUAUUCAUCCAGUGGAUUCGACAUGCUGGGCGCGUUAAUGAAAGUGGCCACGAGAGCGAAUCCUGAGGUCGAUAUUGGAAAGGUUGAUCUGUCAUGUGCAUUUGUGGUUUGCGAUAUCACACUUGCCGAUUGUCCCAUCAUCUACAUAUCUGAAGUUUUCGAGCGAUUGACGGGAUAUAAUAAGCACGAGGUUCUUGGCCAGAACUGCCGCUUUCUGCAAUCACCAGAAGGAAAAGUCCAGGAGGGGGUUCAUAGAGACUUUACGGAUAACAAUUCGGUGUACUAUCUUAAGAAUCAGAUUUUGGCAAAGAAGGAGGCUCAGCGCAGUUUGAUCAAUUACCGAAAAGGGGGCCAGCCAUUUAUGAAUCUGCUUACCAUGGUACCCAUUAGUGGUGACACGGGCGAUGAGAUCAGAUAUAUUGUUGGAUUCCAAGUUGACUUGGUGGAAAAACCAUCAUCUUUGGAGAACAAAAACGCCAGUGGGAUGUACACAGUUGACUACUCGCAAGGCCAGUUACCAAAAUAUGUCUGGAACCCUCCCCAGAAUGUACAGCCACAGCUGGAUGGACAGACGAUUAGUCGGGACGAUGUGUCCACUGUUUUGGGUUCUAUCAACAAUCACACCGAGUCCGAAUUGACGAAGCGAAUGUGGGACAAGGUACUGCUUGAAAACACUGAUGAUGUGGUUCAUGUUUUGUCUCUGAAAGGUCUCUUUCUCUACUUAUCGCCAUCUUGUCGGAAGGUCUUGGAAUACGAUUCUUCGGAGCUUGUCGGUACGGCUUUAUCCUCCGUUUGCCAUCCCAGUGAUAUUGUACCUGUCACCCGGGAGUUGAAGGACACAUCUACCGGAGUAGCUGUCAAUGUUGUAUUCAGAAUACGACGGAAGAAGAGCGGCUAUACAUGGUUUGAAAGCCACGGCUCGCUAUGCGUGGAACAAGGCAAGGGCAGAAAGUGCAUCAUCUUGGUUGGUCGAGAAAGACCGGUAUAUGCACUAUCUCGCCAUGAUAUUGAAGAAGCAGGAGGAAUUGGCGAGAACGAAAUGUGGACCAAGAUCUCGACUUCUGGCAUGUUCUUGUUCGUUCCAUCUAAUGUGCGAACAUUACUGGACCGGGCACCAGAGGACUUAGUUGGGACAAGUAUUCAGGUUCUCAUGCGGCCCGAAUCCAAGGUUGAAUUCGGUCGCUCUCUUGAGAAAGCGAGGAGGGGAAGGAGAGUCACGCACAAGCAUGAGGUUUUGAACAAGCGAGGUGUGGUCUUGCAAGCCCAGACAACAUUAUAUCCCGGAGAUGCGUCUGAAGGCCAAAAACCAACGUUCCUUGUCGCCCAAACACGUCUGCUCAAAACAUCUUCGAGGUCAGCCACUCCAGCUUCCCAAGGUGGCGGUACAAAAUCUAUGAACUCCAUACAGCAUGGUCUGAAUGAUUCGGCUCUUAGUCACCCCUCCGGCUUCGUUUCGCAAGCUAGUUCGGAUAGGUCCAGUACAUCCCCCAACACUGUUGUACCUGGUCCCAUCACACAAGCAGGAGGCGGCGGUCUUGCUAUUGGAAGUCAAGAUCUUGCGCUGGCAUCAGAAGCCAACAUAUUUGAAGAACUAAAGACGACACGCUGCACAAGUUGGCAGUUUGAGCUGCGACAAAUGGAGAAGAGUAACCGAUUACUAGCCGAGGAGUUGAGUAUUCUACUAGCAAAUAAGAAGAAGCGAAAGCGGCGCAAAGGGGCCGGUCAUCUGCAACGAGAUUGCGCAAAUUGCCACACACGACAAACACCCGAAUGGCGACGAGGACCUAGCGGACAGAGAGACUUAUGCAACAGUUGUGGAUUGCGGUGGGCUAAACAGACCGGUCGCGUAUCUCCCCGCACCUCGACCCGCGGUGACGGCUCGAGAUCCCAACAUAGCACGUCUCCUGUGAGCUCGUCCCCCUUACAACAAGAAGUACCGCAAUCAUCACUAUCCAACACGCCAAACCUCAACCCGAACCCGAAUUCCUCGGCUGCUCCCCAGAGCCUAGGAGGCAGAAGCACGGCGGAUAGUCAGCCGGUACGCGAUCAGAGUAAGGGCUUUCGGGAAGGUGGAGAUAGGGGCAUUACGAGGAUUGAGGAGGAGAGUGGGAAAAGAUGA